UUGGGCUUCAGCGCCACCGUCAACCAAUUUCGCUUGUGGAUCCAAUCCUAGUACUCCAGAUACGUAUAAGCCAGAAGUUCGCGCGUGCAAGAAAUGGCAUAGCGGGGAAAAUGAAAUACGUGAUGCUGCAAAACGUUAUUAUGAAACUUGAGCUAUAUACUUUGGCACUCAUAUUGGUAUCAAACGGUAUUAGUGCAGGAACCAAUGAUACAAAAGGGAAUGAAAGUGAUACUGAUACUUAUAUAAGCAGAUUCAUAGCGGAUUUAUGGCUCGAAGGUACAGAUGUUGUUCGGAUUAUAUGGAGGGAUUGUUCUAAAAAGCUAGUCGACGUGAAAGACGUCAUAGAUCACAAGGAGUACUAUCCAAAAUUCGUGAGAUGUAUGAAAAGGAAGACCCUAAGAGCCCUUGACCGUUGUCUAAACCCGGAUGUGGUACCGCUCGCUGACGGCGUCAACUUAGUGAGAUUCGAACUGGUUGACCACUCCGGGAACGUGCUGCAUGAAAAUGGGACCAGUUCGUGGACUGAAAAAGAAUUUGAGGAAGGAGAAUGGAGAAAUCUCGCUUUGCAAAGAAUGGCUAAAGUUCUACGCACCCAUGUUAUUAAGUUCGACUUUGAGGAUAACAGCAUUGUCGAUAAAGUUGAGUACCGAGGACGACGUCGCCAUCAGAUGAUGACGAUGAUGAUGUUUGGAGUUGUAUCAAUCGGUAUGGUUCUCAUUCCGAUGGGAUUUCAAUUCUUGUCAGUUCUCGGUGGCAAAGCACUACUGUUAGCAAAAAUGGCCCUAAUACUCGCAUCUAUACAAGGUCUAAAAAAGGUAGACGUUUAUGAUGGGUUUCACGAGAGGGGGAAGAUUGCUGCAAGUCCGAUAAGUUACGGCUUCUACCAGGGUUACCCUUACGACCAUUACGAGAGAAGUCGUGAGUGGCCACCAUCCGGAAUACUACCACGGUCUACAAAUCCAAAUAGUCCUCUUAAUCAAGCUAAUAUUAAAGAUAACAGCAGAAAUAUUAAAAGUGAACCAAACAUUGAAACAAAAGUCAAUGGCAAAGCCGUAAAACAAGAAACAAGGCAAUUUCCAGUCUACUCAGGAGCUUUAAACCUUCCACCACCAUCGAUAUUCACAGUUGUAGAUCAACCAUCACCUUUAGUAGAUUUAACAACCAGGCCAGGAGAAGUUCAGGCAGACUAUACUCUAGAUUUGCCGUACAAUGGAUUCCAUUUUCAAAGUCCCACUCCUGUCGUUCCAGCUUAAUAUAUUCGCUAAACUUUUUCAAGCAUUAUUUAACAUAGUUGGCGAAAUAUUUGCGUAUGUUUCUCAAGUAUUGUAUCCAAAUAGACAUGUGCUAUUCAAUAUUUACUAACAUUAGAAUAUGUUUGAUUAUAAUUUAUUCACUGUUAUUAACUUUAGGUUAGUUUUACGGUUAUUAUAAAUUCUAAAGUAAUGGGAUUUUAAAUCUUUCUACUUCUCACCCUGUGACGUCAUACUUUACGACUAUAACGUCUAAUGGACACUUUAUAUUGAAAGCAAUUAAUGGUUUUGUUCACGGUUUUAUGUGUUUCCAUUUUAUUACGGUAACCGCUUUAAUGUUUAUGUAACUAUGAGAUUUAACACGGCUUUAUUGUAAAAUAAUAAUAUUUAAUGAAACUUAUAACAUUUUUUACAU